UUCACAGAAUCACAGUGGGCAAUGAGCAACGUAGCAAUCCGUCAUUAUUCAUCCGGUCGACGUCAAUCCGACAAUCACCUUAGGCUUAGUUAGGGUGAUGAUUAAGCAUUUAAGCGGGAAGCUGGAACUUUCCCGCCCCUUAAAAAGGAAAGGGAAAGUCGAGAGAGAUCGAAUUCGAAACACCAAACACAAGUUACAGACUUACACAGUGAGAAACAGAGAACGAGACAGAGACUGAUAGCGCAAUGGAUGGAGUAGAAUCGGAGCCAACUCGAAUAAUGUUAGGGGUGAAUGAGUCUUCCAUCAAAGGUUACCCGCACGCAUCCAUUAGCAGCCGCGGCGCAUUCGAGUGGACUCUUCAGAAGAUUGUUCCCUCUAAUUUUAGUCACUUCAAGCUCCUUUUCCUUCACGUUCAAGUACCUCUCUCCCUCUCUCUCGACUUGUUGGACAGUAUUUAUGCAUCACCUGAAGAUUUUCAAGCAAUGAAGAACAGAGAUAAAGCAAGAGGGCUUCACUUGCUAGAGUACUUUGUUGGGAGAUGUGAAGAAAUUGUGGUUUCUUGUGAAGCAUGGUUAAAGAAAGGUGAUCCCAAGGAAGUGAUCUGCCAUGAGGUGACAAGGGUUCACCCAGAUUUUUUAGUUGUGGGAAGUCGUGGGCUUGGGCCUUUCCAAAAGGUGUUUGUUGGGACAGUGAGCGAAUUUUGUGCGAAACAUGCAGAGUGCCCUGUCAUCACAAUCAAACGCAAGGCAGAUCAGGCACCACAGGACCCUGUUGACGAUUGACCAGUGUCUAGAGAGCACUUGAAUUUUUGCGUAGCAUCAUGUAGACAAUAUUACAUGUGGAAAUGACGGUCAGAUUUUCAAAAAAGCAGAAAAUUAAGAACAGAAAGCUUUUGCUGGAAAAGUAGAGGAUAUUGUGUUGUACAUGAAGAAACUUAUUUUUUACUCAUCAUGCAGUUGCUUUAGCAUCUCCA